GGGACUCAGCCACUGGCUGUUGGAAAGGGCUGGCUUGGCUCCGCCCCCACAGAGACUCAUUCAAGACUUGGAACGCUCCGUCUGCUUUUUCUCACUUGCUUUCCGCCCGACGUGGUGUGAGCUGCAGCUGUGGAAUAGCAAGGCGAGGUUGUGUCGGCGUGUUUGAAGAGACAGCUCGCUCCUUUCCCAUUUGCUCUCCAUUCUGGUCGCUGGUGGUGAACGAUCUGCUUUCUUUUUCGUUCUGCGGUAGCCACGAAGGGGCUUCUUUGGCCGUUCUCCGAAGCCGAGUUGCCCGUCCCAGAAGGAAAAAAAAAGGAAGACCUCAUGGCUUCUGAGAAUCCCAGAAAGUGGCUUCGGGAAGAAGUGACUUGCCCCAUCUGCCGGGAGUAUUUCACAAAUCCGGUGAUUCUGGCUUGUGAGCACAGCGUCUGCCAAAGUUGUAUUCUGUAUACUCCCACAAGCACCUUGUGCCCUCUAUGUAAAACAAGCUUUUGCACACAGAACAUUAAGUUAAAUCAUGACCUAGCUGGCUUUGUGGAAAUAAGCAAACUCCUGAAUGAUCAGGAAAAAGCAGCCACUCAUGAUAUCUGCAAGAGGCAUCAAGAGCCCCUGAAGCUUUUCUGCAAGCGCGAUGAAGUCCUCAUCUGUACCUUGUGCAAGGAGGAGCACCAGGGCCACAAUAUAAUUCCAGCGGAAGAAGCUGCUCUAGAGUACAAGGAUCGUCUUUCUGACUCUUUGGAGGCACUGAAAAAAUGCAAAAAAAAGAUUAUGGCAACUAUAUCAGCCAGACAAGCGAAGAGCGAAGACCUGUUUAAGCAGAUGGCAACAGAGAGGCAGAAGGUGGCGGUCAAGUUCGGAGACCUGUGGCUGUUUCUCAAGGAGCAAGAAGAGCGUAUGCUGGCGUGGAUGAAGGAGAUGGAGGAGCAGACGCAGUCGGAGAAGGAUCGAUAUGUGAAACAACUUUACCAGCCACUGUUCACUCUGAAGCAUCUUAUCCGGGAAGUGAGGGAGAAGAAGGAUCUGCCUGCCAGUCGUCUCUUGCCGGAUAAAGAUGCCAUAAUGAAGAGGAUUGAGCAGCUGACAGAGUCAAAGGGUCCUGGUUUUUUUUCUUCUAUGGUGAAACGGAAAGCAGCUAACUUCACCAAUAGCAGGCCCAAAGUGGAGAGAGCCUUAAAAAAAUUUAAAGACACAGUGGCUUCCUCCUACUAGCUGCAGAAAGCAAAUGUAACUCUGGAGUAGCAGGAUGCUGCUGUAUUUUGGCAACUCUGUAGUGCUUUCCAGGCAACAGAUGAACAGAUGUUUUGCCCGUACACACAACUCACUGUAGCUUACGCCGGAGAAUCUGAGCAGUCGGGUUGCCUUUAGAUCUGUGUGCCUGCACUCUGCACUUUUUAUUCUUCACCUUCUUUCAUAUUUGUGUAUGCAGUGUGCAUCUACAAUUAAAACCCUUAAUUUUUACUUA